AUGGAGAGCGUUCGCAUGCAGAGGCAAGAUGGCUCACAAGACAGCAGUGAUGUGAGUUCCAGCAACCCACCACUGACGAAUCAUGAGGACAUAUGGAAGACGAUGGAGAGCAUUGGGAAGAAAGAUGACAAAAACCCAUUCAAGCUGCCAGCAGAGACUGUAUCUGGUGAAGCCAGUGCAGAGAAGGCAGCUAAGCUCCAAAAGGAGUUCGAGAGUAAAAUCAAUGGCAUCAUGAAGGAAAAAGGAGAUAAGUUUGAUGAGAUGAUGGAGCAUGAUGCAAACAUGGCAUUGGGGGAGGAAGGGUACAAGGACAGAUACUACAAGAGCAAAUUCCCACACCACAAGAAUUUGCAGGAGGUGAAGGAUGGAAUGGUGACGGCAUAUGUGGAGGGCCUGUGCUGGGUGAUGGGCUAUUAUUAUGAUGGUGUGCCCUCCUGGCGAUGGUUCUACCCCUACCACUAUGCACCAUUCACAUCUGAUCUUUGUCAGAUGUCCCACAUCCAGCCAUGUUUCGAACUUGCCAAGCCCUUUGACCCCAUCCAGCAGCUCAUGUCUGUCUUACCGGCAGGAAGUCGCCACAGCUUGCCUGAGCCUUUGCAGCAUUUGUUCAUAUCAAAGGACUCCCCCAUCAAGGACUUCUAUCCUUCAGACUUUGAGCAAGACAUGAACGGCAAACGCUACCUGUGGCAGGCUGUGGCCCUACUUCCCUUCAUUGAUGAGGACAGGCUUGUGAAGGCAAUGGAGCCACACAUGUCGAAGCUCACGCCUGAGGAGAAGGAAAGAAACACAACCAAGCCCCACCAACUCUAUUUGCACAGUGCCCAUUCGUUGGCACCGGCAGUCAGGGAGAUGGCAUGCACUAUGAAGGGCGUCCCAGGCAAACAGCGAUUCCAGAGCAAAGUGGCCAUAAAUCCUGGAGAUGCCAAGGGUAUGAGUGGCUUCAUUGGUCUUCCUGCUGGGGACCACUGCCCUUCAGUCGUCCAGGCGCCUUUCAAACUUGGGAAGGACAUCAUGGCCAACCGGGUUUUGCGCAUUGUGUACUUCUACCCACCGCACAAAAUGCACCAAGCUCGCCUGUUGGAAGGGGCGUAUCUCCCGGAGUGCAGCGUUGACGUUGGUGACAUACCCCCGGAGAAUCCCCUGUGGCAUGAGAAGGAUAGAAUGCGAAGGCAGGGCCGGCCCCAUGACGCACCCUUUCUCGGGGACGCAGCCCGUCGGCAUAUCCAUCACAACUUGGACAGGGGGCCGUUCCGCCAGAGCGCCCCAAGCCCAACCAACAUCCCCAGUGGUGUCACAGAGGCGGCCUUGCGCGCUGCGAAUUCAAAGCCCUUGAAUCCGCAGGCGCCUCCCUUUCCGCCUGAGAAUGUGACGCAACUUGCCAUAAGAAUGAGCAGGCAGCAGCAGCUGCAGGGGUACGCAGAGCAGGUGUCGAAUGGACAGUCGCCGCCGCUCGCCCAGUUUCAGACUGGACUUUGGUUGGCAGGUGGUGCGAAUGUAGGUCACAGUGGCCAAAUUCCUGAAAUGAUGACUGGGGCCGGGCCAGCAGCGAACACUGGAAUUCCGCAGGGGACGUACUGGGACGGAAGUCAGCUGGUGAAUCGCCUGUAUGCAUUUGGCCAGCAGUCGUACGGCCAGCAGGCAGAGGGCCAGCAGCCGUUUGGCCUGCAGGGGUGCAGCGCGUCCUUCAUGGAUGAAGGAGCAGGCAUGAACGGGUAUGUGGACAACAAUGGGGCGGUCGCUGGAUACCAUCAAAGUAAAUCAGAAGGUGUCCAGAGGCUGGAGGGGGCCGCGCGCUACAAUUGGCAACAACAAGACUUGCUACGGAACUCCGAUGGUUUUGGCAGGAGUUCCUCGUCGCACAGGGGGCGGCGCGGACGGGGCAGACGUUGA